AUGUCACGCUUUGCGCCCAUACGGGCCUCUACACCACCAAAGUCAACACGAUCACAAUCUACAACUAUCACCGCGCCCACCGUCGCACCAUCAACCCAUUCCCGCUCGUCCGCCGUCUCCGCCCCGGAGCUCUCUAGCCUCACCCCAGACCAGAUCGACUUCAUCGAAGCCGUCAUCUCUCGUGCAUCGCCCUCUGCAACCACAUUCCUAACCGUCUUCAAGGCCUAUAACGAUGUGCUGAACGAUAGGGGCCUCGACCCUGCGAACGAAGUCGUGUAUUACGGGAAACUGCUGAAGCUGGGGACGUUGAAGGGAAAGAACUGGGGCGAUAAGUGGGACAGCGUGAAGGAGAGGUGCGGAUACGUCUCUUCUGCUGCUAAGGCUGCCCCCAAGAAGCCAGCUCCUUCUGGGCCGGUGCGUGCGAAGGCACAUCCUGCGCAACCCUCCACUUCCAAGCUUCCCCUGUCUAAACCGAAUGCUGUCGCUGGCUACGGUCGAGGGGGGCGCCCGGCAGAGACUAAGAUGGUACAGUCUUCUGCGGGCAGACUACUCUUGAGAUUGCGGAAUCUCCAGCAUCAUCGACAGGACAGCGACCAUACAGAACCAUCUGUGAUUGACGGUACGGAUGCGACGCCAACCGAGGUCACAGACGAAACAGACGUAAUCCCUCCUCGCUACCAACAUCCUCGCGCCGCUCCCAAACCUAUAGCACACACACCAGCCACAACAUCAGCCUUCACAUCUACAUUCGACUCCAUGACACCGUCGAGCUACCCUCUACCGCCACAUCAUAGACCUCCUCCGCGAUGGCCUUCUCCCGACACUGAUACAUUUGAUGACACCGCGCCUUCUGUGUCCACCAAGCCACCAUCAUAUAAGACUACCGCCCGCGAUAUCAAAGCCCCUCUUGUCGCACCGCGAGCUAUCCCUGCUGCACAAACACAUACACGAACACGAUCGUACGCCCCUCCCAUCACAUCACUACCACCGAAAGCCCCCAGGACACCACCGCCUCUUCAUAAACGAGGAAGCGCUAUCAACGAGGAUGAGGCAUGGAAUAAGGUCAAGAUGAUGCAGGACGAGAAGGAGGCGGAUCGGUUUAGGGAGGAGAAACUCGUCGAGCGCUGCUGGGAUGUUUGGAAGCAAGGUUAUGAUUGGAUAGUCACCACGAGCGAACAAAUCAGCCAAGCCCGCGACACCCUCCUACUCCGCCUGGCCAUCCAGAAAUGGCGCCAACGUCUCCAAGCUCUCCGCGACCUCUCUUCCCGUGUCGAAAUUCUACACUCCCAGCGCGUCCUCAGUCAAUGUCUCGUCUUCUGGAACCACAAACUCAAGGUCAAGCAAAGAAAUGACCGGCACAACGAUAUGCGCGCCAAGAUGAAACUUGUGCGCCAAUCGCGUGAGUCCAAGAUCACGAAAGAUGCAUGGGCGAAGUGGAGACGAAUGCACCAGUCGAGGUUGGGCGAUCAACAUUACGAGGAGUGGGUCGUUAGGAGGUUUUUUGGGGUGUGGAAGAGGAAGUUGGCUGCUGUGGAUGGGUUGGAGGGCAGGCUGGAGGAAUUUAGGAAGAGGAGGGAUGGGGAGUUAGCUAGCAAGGCUUUGGAGGUUUGGAAGAGAAGCACGGAGCUGAGGGUGAUGGAGGGUACGGUGGCGAGUACUGUGGCGAGAAGGAUGGUAAAAGAUGUUUUGGAGGUUUGGAAGAGGCGCAUGUCAAACUAUCAGAAAGCUGAAGAGUUCCACGAGUCCCUCAUUUUGAAGGGUGCUAUGAGGACGUGGAAGGCCUCACAAGGAAAGAUCCGGGCUUUGGAGCGUCGUGCGGACAAGCACUUGGCCCGCCAGGACGAUGUGCUCGUCCGGGCUCUGACUAGGAUUUGGAAAGCGCGUGAACGUGGACAGCUGCUGCAGAGAGUGAGAUCCAUGCGUUUGCUUCGGCAGGCAUGGGCAGUAUGGAUACAGCGCAUCCGGACAAAUCAAGAACGGGAAGAAAAAGCAUUUGCAUUCUCCCUCCGCGCCAACUCAGCCCUUGCCACAAACUCCCUUCGCGUCUGGAACCAGCAUCUUACUACUCACCGUAACGCUUACGCUUUCGCCGUCCAGUACCACAGCGUGCAAGUACAAUACAGGACGCUCUUCCAGUGGAGAGUGAAGUUGAGGGAAAAGUUCAAGCUGGUGAAGCAGGCCAAGAUGGCGGAGAAAUUUUUUGUCCAGAAGAAGGCAUGGACGGCCAUGAAGGCGAAACUGGAGGAAAGAAGGAGGGAGAGGAAGCUCAACGAAUGGGAGAAGGAGAGGACCAAGAAGGUGUUCGUGGGAUGGCUUCAGAAAGCACUACGACAGCGGCAGCAUCGUCUAGCUGAGCAGGAGUUGCGAGCCCGAUUCGAGGCGAGUACGAAGAAGAAUGUUCUUACCAAGUGGACAAACCGCGUCAUCGAGCUCAAAUUGCGCGAACUCGACGUCGCGCAGAAAGCGGACAAGAUGAUCGUCAAUUCUGCCUUUAUGAAAUGGAAAUGUGUUUGCAUCCGACACGUCGAAGAGCUCAGUCUCAUGGAGAGCUAUCAAGAUGUCAAGCGCGAGGAAAACAUGCGUCGCAUGUUCUAUAAGUGGCUCACAGCAGCUCGGACGGCUAGACAUCGACGCGUGGUCUUGCAAGAGAAAGAGCAAGAGAUGAAACGAUACAUGCUCGCGUCUGCCUGGGAUAGGUGGAGAGGGGCCUAUAAGACCGAGAAGCUUCGUCCUGUGGAACGCAUGUUUACGCUUCAGAACCAGAACGCUCUCAUGUACAGGGGUUUCGUUACUUGGCAUGCUAAAACGAAGUCAUUGCCGGCAGUUCGUUUCCAUGCAUCGAAUACGAAAGCGAAGUUUUGGAAGGUGUGGCGAGACGCUAUGCCUCGCGCUCUUCAAGCCAAGAAAGCCCGCGAGAUGGACAAGAAGGCCACAUUAUCCAAAGCUUUGGAGAAAUGGAUUCAAGCACAUCGGACCAAAAUCGCUCUAAGAGCUGUGGCUCGUGCACGCUACAUGCGUUUGCCCACCGCCGCUCCCCGUCCAGUAACCUCCGCCUUAUCACGCCCUCUACCACAACCCUCUUCAUCCCGCGUCUUAGUUCGCCCCCGCGCUCGCCCUCCCAGUCCCGAUCCUACAACAGAAGUCGAAACCGACGCUGACAAUCCUCCUCAUCCUCUUCACCGCCCCGUUACCGCAUCCGCUCCCAUUCCCACUCAUAUCCGUGGUCCGAGCACUGCAAGAUCCAAACCGCCCGGCUCUCGUACUGGUAUCGCUAGUCUUCUUUCCUCCCGCCCUCAUAACACCGGCCUUUCUAAACUUAGCAAAGACAGGGAUCGCGACUCGAGUCCGACGCGCGAUAGGCCGAGGUUCACGACUAGGAGCGUCGUCAGUGGUGGGACAAGAAAUUCAAGUCCGACGAAAAUGGGGAGGGAUUUGAGUCCGACGAGAACGGCGCCGGUGAUGGGGCCUGGGUCGGUGGACACUAUGUCUGAAGCAGGCGGUGGCGGUGGUGGUCGCGCUGUGAGGGCAAGAGGGAGUUUGUGGACGGAGUUGAAGGAUAUACAGAGGAAGUCGAGGACGCCGACCGUGAGGAGCUUCAGGUCGACGCCGGACCCGCCGUAGUGGUCAUAUAAGUUUUUUCUUGCUUGUGGAUUCGUUUCGUUUUGAUUUUCUCCCUUGAUUUAUGUUUGUUUGCUUUUCUUUGUCUCCUAAUUUUCUCGUUUUCUGUGGGAUAUCCCCUCCUCUCUGCUUUUCCCUUCCUCUAUGUCCUCCUCCCCUUUCUUCUUCUUCUUCACCUUCGUGGCUAUCUUUCCCUCGCAAGGCAUGUUUGCGAGUUUUUUUAAUUUCAUGUAACGUCCCCGAUUUCUCCUUGUCCAUGUCGGGGACUGUCAACUUGAAUGUGUUAGUCUCUCUGGUCUUGAUUGUUGUAAACUGGGCAUUUGUACGAUGUGGCGAUCUCCACCUGCAUUUAUUUACAAGUAACUUAUGGUCUGGGCUUGGCUAUCCUCCAUCUAUAUCCCAUAUUUUGAGUCUCUCAUACAACCACAUCAC